AUAAAUGUAAUACAAAAAUCAUAAUGUACGCGCUUUCGGUGUAUGGAAUUAGAAGGCACGUGGUGUCCGCGCAGAACGUACACACAACCAUAAAAGUAUAUGCAAGAUGCUUACGGCCCGAUAUCGAAUACAAAACUCUUAGCAUAACUUUUCAAACUACCUGCAAAGAAGUCACAGACACAUUACUUAGAAAAUACAAGAUGAAACACCGAGACCCGAAAUUAUUUUAUCUUUCUAUGGAGGUUACUGUAAGAAAAGCUGGAGUCCGUACACACUUGGCUUUGGAUGAUGAUGCCAGACCUGCUAUUUUACAGAGUUGCCACCCAAAAGGAGACUCAAAAUUUUCUCUUCAGACGAGAAGAGGAGGUUUGGUCAAAGUCCAUGAUUCUGUCCUGAACAGCAACUCUCAAUACAAGAGUCUACUCAUAAGUGCUAGAACAACUGUGGAUGAAUUAAUUGCAUUGCUACUUAACUGUUACAGCAGCAAAGAGCGAGUAGAGCAAUUCUCUCUGUACGAAGUCAAUACAGAUAAGGAACAGCAACGAAAACUGCACCCAGACGACAGGCCACUGCAAGUGCAACAAACUUGGCUGCCUUCACACCAGUGUCACUUUCUUAUCAGGCGAAACCCUGACUACCUACCCUUAUCUAGGAGAAAGAUUUUCUGGGUAUCUGAACUUCCGCCUCUCCCCGCCUCCAGAUUGUUCAAGACUUCCAAGCCAGUUGGCAACAACAACAUCAACAAUAACAGUGAAAUGCAGCUUUCAAAAUCUCAGACUUCCCUUGUUCCUGAAAAGAAGCAAGAUGAGAAAACCAAGUCGCAGAAAUCGAAAGAGGCUUUGCUUGUACCUAAGAACAAAAAUGCAGAAUUGAAAAUUUGGGGAAGCAGCUCUCAACUAUCGACGAGUAAAAAUGGGCAACCAUCAUAUGCAGACUAUGAGAAUUAUUUUUAUAUAUAAUUUAUUGUGGAAAUUGUAAAAAUUGUAUAUAAUUCUGUGUGUGUCGUCUAGUUAUUGUUUUGGAUGUGAUAUGCAGCCUGUACAUUGUAAACCAAAGAGUAUUUUGUAAACAUAUUAAUAAAGGCAAGAUUCUCAUUGUUAAUAAGCAGAAAAAAGUAACAUUUUAUAUUACAGAAAUAACUUCUUGCCACAUUAGGAUUAGAAAUACUUACGCAAUGCAAUUAAAAUGUAUUCUUAUAGGUAGCUGUCCCUGAUUAUGUACUUGUGCACUUAAUUUUUGUGUGUGAAUAAUCCCAUUCUUUAACCUUUUUGCAAAAAUAAAUAUAGAUUAGCAUGUACCUAUUUGAGAGUUUGUCCAUUUUCACUUCUAAUAUUUUUAAGUAAGUAAAUCCAAAAUGUUUGAUUAGAUUAGAAUCUCUAUAUUUUAUGUCAUUUUGUUUCUGUUUCGUGUUGUCCAAAGAUUAGUUGUAGGCAAAAAGAUCUGUCGUGCUUUAAUUGAAAAUGUGCGUAUUUGUAUUCAAACGAAAUGUGCAAUGUUUAUAAAGUAAUGUAUUAUAGAGAACAUAAUCUGUAAAAUUGUUUACAAAUACCAAAGAGUUGUAUAGUUAAUGUUUGUAUAUAGAA